AACAUUAUGACAUCAUGAAAACGCUUCGAUAGCAUAGGAUUAAAUACAAAGCGCGCUAAGGACUCAGAUUUCAAUGAUUGGAAAGUGAAACUGAAAGUUAAUAAAUUGAAAUGGAAUUUAGGAAAGAAGACUGCACAUAUACGUCUUGUUACUGUGAAGAAAACGUGUGGUGUCUAUGUGAUUCAUUAAAGAGCAAGAUUCCCGGAGCGAUCCAGAAUUGCUAUUGCGUAUUUAUAUCAAACAAACGGAGAGCUAUUCCACUUUGGAAGCAGAAAGCAAGCCGCAGACAAGAUGGUCAAGUUAUAUGGGAUUACCAUGUGAUAUUCCUGUACGAACCCUCUGAAUCCAAAACAAUAGUAUAUGACUUGGACACCACCUUAACAUUUCCUUGUGACUUUAGAAGAUAUUACGAGGAAUCUAUUAAAGACGAAAGAUGUUUAAAACCAGAAUACCACAGAAUGUUUCGAGUAAUACCAGCAGAAGAGUUUUUACAGACUUUCGCAUCAGACAGGUCCCAUAUGUUGACUCCGGAGGGUCACUGGGUGUCUCCACCCCCCACAUAUCCACCCAUAAAAACAAAAGAAUGUUCCAACAACAUACAAGAAUUCAUAUCCAUGGACAAAAAUAAUCAUGGAGAUGUUCUCAGUUUGAAUGAAUUUUUGGAGAGGUUUCUUGAGAAACAAUAAAGAAAAGAGAGAUUGCUUCUUAUGAAAUAUAUGUUCCUAAAAGUCUUACCUAAAGAUGUCACUCAUAUAAUGUAACUCUGGAGUUUAAGUCACCUGAUUCAAUUAGCUGACCCAUUUCAAUCGGGUAUGAUGCAUCUUUGGGGUAAAAAGAACAUUGGUUGUAAAUACCAUGACUCUUGCCUCUUGGGUUCUUAUGUCUUAUUGAACAUGUAUUUUGUUUAUCCUGCAACAGAAAUAUAUUGGGUUGAUCAAUCUCAUUGAGGGUAAGGCGAAGUCGAGCCGUCUAUGAGAUUGAUCAACCCAAUAUAUUUCUGUAGUCAGUCAGUAAAAAACGUAAUAGGACCGUUUAAACAAGAGCUUGGACUUUCUGAGGGAUGUUACUAUAUCAGGCAGUUACGUGCUAUGUUUAAACCAAUGAAGGUGUGACGUAUCAGUCCAAGGGGAAAACUAUAUGUUUGCCCAUCAAAACAAGUCAGAUGUUGACCUCCUUUCUUCUAAGUUGCUAAGAGAUGCUCGUCUAUAUUUAUAGACUGUCAAAACCGGAAAUUUGUUUGACAAGAUCUGCUCUGCUGUGUGAAAUUGUGUGAAA